UCAGUUAGGAAUGGUGGAAGUGUUCUCUCCGGUAACUGGGGAAAAACACUUCCUCAAUCAGCUUAUUUGCCAUGGCAGACCAGAUGUUCAAGAUGCAGCCAAAAAGAAGGCCCAACCAUUCCACAGCAAGCCUCUCACCAGGGGAGGCCACUGUGACACCAGGAGAAAGCCCUCACAGCAUCCGAAGAAGCAUUCCAUCAAAGGCCUCAGACUGGUUGAUGGACCAGUCUCUCCACCCAGCAGCAACAGACCCGCAUGGAGUCAGCAGGAAUCAUGGCCAAUGCCAUUGUCCACCUCUGCAGUUCCCUCUUCCCUCCAUAGAGAGGGAACUGGCCAUCAGCCUCAAGCUGCUGUACCAAUGGUCUUCUUCUAUUUGCCAUGCGACAAGUGUAUGGGUACCCCCCCCCCUUCACAGCCUCUGCCCAACUUACAACUGGUAUGCCUCUCUGGUCAAAGGCAGAGCCACCAACACCACAAAGAUGCCUCUGCCCCAAGACCAUCCCAAGGGAAACUAUCAAGAGCACCCUCUGAGCCUAAACCAUCUACCAAGGUCACGAGAAGAGAACCUACACCAAAUGAGGGAGAAACAUGCAUGAAGUUUCUUGAGGGAAAGAGUCUGGAGGCUGAAAAACAUCUUCCCAGAAGCAAGGUGUCAAAAGGAGUGGUCUAUAAAGAAGUGCCACCUGUAGCAGGGGUCAAAGAAAGUCUCUGCAGGGCCCAGUGGUUCAAAACCAAAAUCCCUGAAGACAAUUCCUGAAGAACCAAAUCCUGUGAAAAAGUGGCCACAAGCUCAAAUCCACAGGAAGCAAAAGGUGAGUGCCCCCUUACCUAGUGCCAGAGGGAAACAGAAAGAGAUCAAAGAUGGCAACUAAGGAGCCCCACAAGCCAAUCCCUAUGAGCCAUUUGGCAUGGCACAUGAUAGAAUCUACAGAUGUCUUCUAUCCACUGGGAAAGUUCAAGCUCCCACCAGCACCACUGAAGAAGCAGCUCCUUCCACUCCAGCAAAGCCACUCCCAGUGGAGUGACCCUUGGGUUUUCUACUGAGAAUCACAAAGAUCUUAGCCUCCACAUCAGGCCCUCAGCCAUCAUUCCAAUCAUUGCCCAAUCCUGUUCCAUCCUCAAAACCUGUUCCAGUCAAAAGACCAGCAGUCAACUCCCUCCCCCAUCUUAUCCCACAUCUAUCAAGGAAAGAACCUUUCCUCCCUACUCUACAAGACCAAUGAGUGGAGACCACAGGAGAACACCUCCAGAAACAGAAGUGGUCUCCUUUCUUGGUCACCCGCACUUGACCCAAACCUGUCAAGGCCCACAAACAACACAGAGUCAUCCACAGCAGUUGUGUGCCAUCAUGUGGAGUCCCCUGCUUUUCCCCAUACAAAGGGGACACCUUCAUCUCAUGAAGAACGCCACCUGAUGACCCAGAAGUCUCUGAGCCAAUUACAGAAGAGCAUUGUCGUUCAUGGCAAGUGAAAAGAAAAAUAGACUUUUGGUUUCUCUACAGGCCGACUUGCACCUUGUAAAUAUCUACAAAAAUACA